UAAUAUUUGCAUCAUGGAAAUGGAACAGCGUGUUUAUAGCCAAAAUCCGAACGGCACAUGUGACUGACUGGCAGGCGGCGUCCAGCGAGUGUGCCAAUUGAAAAAAAAAAAGAUAACAAGUCUACGUGUCCGCCGACGGGACGACGCGGCGCGUCUCCGGGAGCAAUGAAGAAGGAUGGUGCUGCGAUUCUGUCCGUUCUGCGCUAAUCUCCUCCGAUUCCGGGAGAGUCCAACGGGCAACCGAUUCGCGUGUCCCACGUGCCCGUACAUCUAUCCGAUAACAAGCCGGGUGACCUCGCGCAUCUAUUUCACGGGCAAGGAGCGCGCCGACAUCCUCGACGCCGAGUCCGCGUGGAUGGGCGUCGAGUCGACGGACGAGCGUUGCCCCAAGUGCUCGCAUCCGCGGGCCUACUUCAAGCAGCUGCAGACGCGCUCCGCCGACGAGCCUAUGACGCUCUUCUACCGAUGCUGCAAUCACGCGUGUGCUCACACGUGGCGGGUCGACUGAGGUGCUCGCAGGUGAGUGAUUCACGAUUAAAUAUCGCGACGAGUCAUCUCGCGGCGGGAGGGGAAGGGAAAAUUGUGCUACUUAAACUAUUUGACGUAGAUUCAUUAAUUCUUAAUUCAUUGCCACGUGUCUUGCCAACUCCUAGGGAAACUAAUUCGGAUUAGAAACGGAAGGGAGAUGACGAGUUACGAGCUUGCUGUAGGAUGUGUGCGGAAUUGCAUCAGAAAAGGAGAAUCGAAGAUACUGUAAAGAGUAAUAUAAAUAUUUUACGAAGAAAGGAAGAAAGUAUAAAACUAUAAUAGAUCAGAGAAGAAAAAUUAGAGAAUGUGCGUCACUUAGCUGUAUUUCAUUUUGGGAGUUGAGGUAUU